AUGGCCGACAAGCUUCGUACACUUCAAAACCUUGAGGCCCUUCAGGCCCGUUACCUUGGUACUGGGCACGCCGACACCACCAAGUAUGAGUGGACCUCCAACAUCGUUCGCGACAGCUACUCCUCGUACGUUGGCCACCCACCACUUCUCAGCUACAUGGCCAUCGGUAUGGGCGAGUCCAAAGAGAAAGUCCGUGCGAUGAUGCUUGAGAAAAUGGUGAGAGGGGCAGGGAAUCCACCGGAGGCACAAGAAUAA